AUGGAGCUGUUAAAGAAAUGGCUGGGCCACCCCAAGGAGCUGUACAACUUGGUGAGGUUCAAGAUGGGAGGUUACAAGACUGUGAUGCUCAAGAUGGACCAGGACUCGUUAAGUGACAGCCUCUGCCUCUGCUACCGGUAUCUCAACCAGACCAGCCGGAGCUAUGCCGCUGUCAUCCAGAUGCUUGAUGGGGAGCUGCGCCAUGCGGCUUGCAUCUUCUACUUGAUUAUCCGGGCUGUAGACACAGUGGAGGAUGACAUGACAAUCAACCUGGAAACCAAGAUCCCCAUGUUACAGAACUUCCACUCCUACCUGUAUCAGCCAGACUGGCGAUUCAUGGACAGCAAUGAGAAACACAAACAAGUGCUGGAGAAUUUCCAAAUGAUAUCCUUGGAGUUCCGGAAGCUGGGGAAGGUCUAUCGGGAUGUGAUUGCUGAUAUUUGUCACAGGAUGGGCCUUGGGAUGGCUGAGUUCUUGGAGAAGAAAAUGGAAUCGGAGAAGGACUGGGACAAGUACUGUUACUAUGUUGCUGGCCAGGUUCUGGUUGGACUCUCCCAGUUCUUCUCUGCAACCAAGCUGGAAGACCCUAUUGUUGGCCAGGACACAGAGCUUGCCAACUCCAUGGGGCUUUUUCUGCAGAAAACCAACAUCAUCCGAGAUUAUCUGGAAGACCAACUUGAGGGCAGAGAUUUAUGGCCUCAAGAGGUUUGGAGCAAGUAUGCAAAGAAGAUGUCAGAUCUGGCCAAGCCUGAAAACACUGACAAAGCCGUGCAGUGUUUGAAUGAGCUCAUCACCAAUGCCUUGCAUCACAUUCCUGAUGUAUUGACAUACUUGUCUCGACUGAAGAACCAGAGUGUGUUUAACUUCUGUGCCAUCCCACAGGUAAUGGCCAUUGCCACUUUGGCAGCCUGCUACAACAACCAACAGGUCUUCAGGGGAGUGGUAAAGAUCCGGAAGGGGCAAGCCGUCACGCUGAUGAUGGAUGCCACCAACAUCCAGGCUGUCAAAGCCAUCAUGUACCAGUAUGUAGAAGAGAUCUACCAGAAGAUUCCCAGCACAGACCCUUCUGCCAGCAGAAUGCAACAGAUCAUCACGUCUAUCCGCUCCAUGACCUUACCUGGAGGAGCACUUGUCUCCAGGACCCAUUACUCUCCCAUUUACUUGUCCUGUAUGAUGCUUUUAACUGCCUUGAGCUGGCAGUAUCUGAGCAUGAUGUCAAAGGUAGCUGAAGAAUACAUACACACUGGUGAGAACUGA